AUGCAUCGUGCCUGUGGCUUGGUGUUUGGUCUGCCCGUCUCUGCUGCCCUUCUCGGCCGCCAAAAGUGGAGUGGUGUGGUGCAGGCGUGGAGCUCGGAUGUGUCAGUAAUAGAUGGGGUUUGCACAGCGGAUGCAGAGCACGGCCACUGUGCAGGCAUGCAGCGAGCCAUUGAUUCUCCGUCCCCAACCAAGCAGCGCAGCGCAGCGCAACGCACUUGGGCCGGCGCGGCAUGGCACCGUCAGAUAGAUGCUCCUUGGGGCCUUGGGAGCGUCACUAAGUUACUUGACAGUGGCAGACGCCGACGGUUGGGCGGGGUGGCCUUGGUCCAACCUGCAGGCGCAUAUCCGAAGCGUGGCGGGUUUGGCGACUGGCUACACCUGAAACCAACGCCGCCGUGUAGUACACACGUCGUCACCGUGUCGGACGCGCAAAACCGCCGUCUGCCUCACGACGAUGGCUAA